CCCACCUCUUCAAAGCUGCCACUUUCCCUCUCCCCUUCCGCCCAUGAAUUCUUCUUCUAAAUCAUAGAAAGGCCAUUUUAAUAUCCAAAACAGCAGAAAGAGCUCGCUAAUGGAAACUCAGGCGACGGGGAAAACGAAGGAGAAUAAACAGGCUUCGAAGAAGAAGAAACCCCCCUCCUUUCAGCACCAAAUCAAUCAUUAGUUUUAUCCCAAUCCCAAACUCUCCACCAUUUUUCGAAUGAGGCACCCAGCUUUCUUCCCUUGCGAGGAAAAAUCAGCAGACAUGAUCUUCGAAGACGACGACGACGACGUAAUUUGCUGCGGCGGCGCCGCCAACGCCGCAGGGGCAAAGAAGAGGCGAUUGGGAACUGAGCAAGUGCGCGCUCUGGAACAGAGCUUCGAUGUGGAAAACCGGCUCGAGCCGGAGCGGAAGGCUCGCUUAGCACAGGAUCUGGGCCUCCAGCCUCGCCAAGUCGCCGUCUGGUUCCAGAACAGGCGCGCGAGGUGGAAGACGAAGCAGCUCGAACGCGACUUCUCCGCUCUCAAGUCGCGCUACGACGCCCUGAGGCUCGACUUCGACUCACUCCGUCGCGACAACCACUCCCUCGUCGCACAGCUCGCUGCGUUGAAGUCGAAGCUCGCCGGCGAAGGCGAGAUCAGGCAGGGAGAAGAGAAGCCGCAGCCAGCGAUUGGCGUCGACGGAGCCUGCGAGAGUGAUUCGAGCGCUGUGCUGACUCAGGAUGUGUUUAAGGUGGAGGAGGAUUGGGAGGAGACUUGCGGCGCUGGGUUCUUCGCCGACGUGCAUGGGCCGACUAUGGCUUGGUUCUCUGCUGACCUCGCCGUCGACGGCGGCGGCGGCGGCUGGUAAUAAUGGGGGAUUUACGGCGAUGGUGAGAGUGAUAAAGGCGAUGAUUUCGCCAACGAGAGUGGGGAAUCGAGGCGGGUUGCUUUCUUUUCUUUCUCUUGAAGAAGAAUUUUUGUAAAAUGCAAAGUGUAUUUAGAUUUUAGUUUUCUUACUCAAGUUCAUGUCUUGCCACUUCCUCUGUAAAAAAGCUGGCUCCUUUGACGACUGCGAAUAAGUGCUGCAGAUGGAGACGGAUAUGGAACUAGAAUCAAUUUUCUUCUUGCCUCAUAUGGGAGGAUAA